UACAGCCUUGGAAACUCUGUGGGGUGGCUAUGAGUCAGAAUCAACUCGAUGGCAUUGGGUUGUGGUUUAUAUUAUUCUCUGUACUUUUUAAAAAAAUGUUUUAAAUAUUUAAUCAUUUUUUAAAAACUAAGAACUCGUUAAUGAUAAAAGAUAAGUUUACUGAAUAUUCAGGUAGACACUGACUUUGUCAGCUCACCACGUUUGUCUUUGUUGGAAAAGUAUUUGCCCUCCUUUACAAAGUGCUAGGGACACCGCAUUUGGUAGGAGCGAGGAUGAAAGAUUCAACAGCAGGAAAAAGAGAACAAGGGAAAUAUAUGUAGGUGGCAUUUUACCAUUUUUUAAUAUGCUUUUAUUUUGCUAAUUGCAAAAGAUUUCGAAAACUACAAAAUUCUGUAAAGUUAAAACCGACUACACCUUGUCCUCUCAAGAUUUUUUUAUUCAUUACAUAUGUGUGUGUGUAUAAUCACGUAUAUGAACACGUAUACACUUUUCUAACAAAUAAGAUCAUGUAUACAACUCUGCAGCUUACGUUUUUUUACUGAUCUGUCUGGACAUGCUAGAUCUGUUCAGGUGGUUUGCCUUUUAGUAAAGAAUUUUGUUAUACUUAAAAAUUAUUUUGUUGGACUCUGGCAUAGUUUAUUGGUCCCAAAUCAGUGUGUUUUAAGUUGUGUGUCUAUUCAAAUGUGUAUGAAUGCUGUAACUUAUAAAAUACAAUUUUAUUUUCAAAUAGUACUGAAUUCCUAGUAGCUUUUUAUUUUAUUUUAUUUUAUUAUUAUUUUCUAGUACCCUAUGGGGUAGACAUUUCUGCUUAGUCAUGUAGGGUCGCUCUGAGUCGGACCCUCCACUGGAGCGUAACGAAGGUACGGUAGGUAGGGCUCAGCCCUGGGCGUCCCGUGAGGAGGGGCGCUAAUGAUGCUGUUGGCCGUGCAGUUUCCAUCGCCAGCUGUGAGAGAUCGUUCAGCAAUUUGAUACUAACUGCCAUGGCCGCCAUUUUCCAUAGAUAGGACCCUGCCCUCGCCCAUCCUCCAAACAAGCUAAACAAACAAACAAAAAAAAACAUCGCUCUCUGUCAGUUCUGACUCAUAGCGACCCUAUAGGACAGAGUAUAGCUGCCCCAUAAGGUUUCCAAGGAGAGGCUGGUGGAUUUGAACUGCCAACCUUUUUGGUUAGCAGCUGAGCUCUUAACCACUACUCCACUAAGGUUUCCACCAAACAAGCUAAGAGCUCCUGAAUUUAAGUAGAAAUUCAAGAGCUAGGAAGGCAGGCAUGGCUUCACGAUGGUAGUGCAGGUCUCACUUUCAACCUGCCCAGAUGUAGAAAUCCUACCCCUAAGCCACCUGGCCACCCUGAGAGCAGAGUAUGUGAUCUUCGUACUCAUAUGAGGCUGUUGAUUCAUUGUUUUCCUGCGUCAUCUGAGGGCGAGCUCUGUGGGCAGACUCAGAGUCUCUGCAGAAGUCUAGUUCCUGUUGGAAAGAUGAGAUUCUUAAACAGUAAAAACCUCCUGAGAGUCAGCCUGAUGCUGGCAGGGGCCCUCAGGGGCCAGGAAGCCUGGGAGGUAUGGAGGUGCGCCAGGUAUGAAAAGAACAGGUUUCCUGCUCUCCUCCCUCCAGAGUAAGCGCGUCUGUGCAUGUCAGGGAGGCAGAGGCCAGGUGGCUCCCCUGAAGGGGUCACUUGUCCCCAGCACUUAGGGAAGGAGCCCUGGUGGUGCAGUGGUUAAAUGCUAGCUGCUAACCAAAGGUUGGCAGUUUGACUCCACCAGCCACUCCUUGGGAACCCUGUGGGGCAGUUCUGCUGUGUCCUGUAGGGUCACUGUGAGUUACAGUCGACUGGAUGGCAAUGGGUUUUUAUCAAGGGAAGGAGCCCUGGUGCCAUAGUGGUUAAGUGCUCGGCUGCUAACCAAAAAGUCAGUGGUUUGAACCCACCAGCUGCUCCUUGGGAGAAAGAUGUGUCUUCUUCCGUAAAGACUUACAGCCUUGGAAACCCAUGGGACAGUUCUACUCUGUCCUGUAGUGUCGCUAUGAACCGGAAUUGACUUGAUGGCAAUGGGCUUUGGUUUGGCGUCUUAGGGGAGGGUCUUAGGGGAGGGUAGAUUGCAAGCCCCAGGCCACUCAGAACCCGAGCCUCCUCCUGGACCUGAGUCUGAGAAAUAGCAUACAGGAACCUGUACCCCUGUUCAGAUUGCGUACAGCCUGCGUGGUUCUUGUCUCGCUCUUUACUCCCUCCCCAACCCACACUGGCCCCUCUGCCCCUCUGUUAGAAAAGACCUGCAGCUUCAGUUCUUGGUGGGGCGCUCUGCCGUGACCGACAGGGGUGGACCCUGCCGAGUGUCCCCGUCUCAGAGGACAGGUGGACUCGGCUGCAGGUCUCUGCAUCCUCUGGGACAGGCUGUGACUCAGUUGUCUCUAGGGAAGGGUAGUGGUCUGAGUCCCCAGGACACGAGAGUCUACCGUUUCUUCCUUCUCUUGGAAUAGACCAGGCCAGGCCUGUGGCCUUCACUUCUGGCCCCCCCAAUUACCCUGAGAGGCACCAAGCGUACUUACUGAGGGGCCUAGCCGGCUUAGGUCUAUUGAGGGUCUGCUGCAGGCCAGGUUGGUACUAGUCCUUUAAGUGCAUUAUCUCCUUUAAUGCCCUCGACCACCCGCAUGACAAAGCAAGACCUUGGGUUAGAGAUAGGAAGUCAGGGCUUAGAGACAGGAAGUGACUUGCUGAGUCACAGAGCUGAUGAGUGGUGGGGCAGGCGUGUGAACUGAGCCUAGUGCUCUUCACUUCAUGCUGGGCGGCCCCUGUGAAGGAUGGCAGAGGAGAAGGGAACUCAGCAUGCUGAUGCAGGAUAGCUGGUUUUGGGCAGUUGGAGGAUGGAUUUGGCGUGCCCAUUCUGGGUAGGGAGCCCUGAUGGUGUAGUGGUUCAGAGCUCAGCUGCUAACCAAAAGGUUGGCAGUUCGAAUCCACUAGCCACUCCUUGGAAACCCUAUGGGGCGGUUCUGCUCUGUCCUUUAGGGUGCUAUGAAUCAGAAUCAACUCGACAGCAACGGGUUUUUUGGUCUUCUGGGUGGGGUUGUUAGAUGAAAUAUAGGAUACCCAGUUCAAUUUGAAUUUCAGAUAAACGACCAAUAGUUUUUUUAGUAUAAGUAUGUCCCAUGCAAUAUCUGGAACAUAACCCAGAAACUCAGUGCCGUCGAGUCGAUUCCGACUCAUAGCGACCCUAUAGGACAGAGUAGAACUGCCCCAUAAAAAAAAAAAAAAAAAAAAAUUUUUUUUUCCCCAUACUUACACUAAAAUAUUAUUUGUUGUUUAUGUGAAAUGCAGACUGAACUGGGCAUUCUAUAUUUUCAUUCGUUAAAGCUGGCAGCCCUAGCUGGGAGCCCCAGGGGUGACAGGCCGGCUCCAGAUCCACCUUGUAAAGGCACGCCUCAGGCUGGCAGGUCCCCACUGCCGUCUGGCGUCAAGUGUGGGCUGGAUAAGCACUUAGUGGGGAUGUUGUAGAAGGAAUUCAGGCUUAAGGUGUCUGGUUCCAGUGAGACCCUAGGAGAUAAGCAUUGCGGAGACAGCAGGAGAUUGCUGAUGUGGGCCCUCUCCAAGCUCUGUAUUAUCCAGAGUUCAAAAGCUCCCUCUGAAAUCACUCCCCAUCAGUGCCCUGCUGGGAAGGCCAUGUCCCCCCCCCUCCCCCAGCUGCCCAGGAGUGAUGGAUGGCCUCCAUCAGCUGGUGGAACCUGCUGCCCAGGAGUGAUGGAUGGCCUCCAUCAGCUGGUGGAAACCAACCCCACCGGCGUGGUCUCUUCAAGUGGCCUGGUUCGGCUUGAAGCAGCACUGUGUUAAAGGAAGAGUCCCUGAAUGGCUGACGUCUGGCAACAUGCACCACCAGUGGCUUCUGUUGGCCGCGUGUUUUUGGGUGAUUUUCAUGUUCAUGGUGGCCAGCAAGUUUAUCACGUUGACCUUUAAAGACCCUGAAGUGUACGGUGCCAAACAGGAGUUUCUCUUCCUGACAACCGUGCCGGACGUGGGCAAGUUGCCAGAGGAGGAGCACUUUCCUGAGGAACUGAAGCCAACUGGAAAAAUGCUUCCGGAGAGCCGGCUCGUUCAGCCCCUGGUCCACACGGAGCGCCUGGAACUCAUCCGAAACGUCUGCAGAGACGAAGCCCUGAAGAAUCUCUCGCACACUGCUGUCUCCAAGUUUGUCCUGGACCGAAUAUUUGUCUGUGACAAGCACAAGAUUCUCUUCUGCCAGACUCCCAAAGUGGGCAACACCCAGUGGAAGAAAGUGCUCAUCGUCCUGAACGUGCUGUACUUUACAAGCUGGUGGUGGUACCGCAAAUCACGGGUUCGAGCCGCCUGCCGCAAAGCCACUACUGAGACAGGAGGAGGAGCUUUUCCUUCCAUUGAAGACAUCCCUGAAAAUGUGGUCCAUGACCACGAGAAGAACGGCCUUCCCCGUCUGUCUUCCUUCAGCGACACAGAGAUUCAGAAACGAUUGAAAACAUACUUCAAGUUUUUUAUUGUCCGAGACCCAUUUGAAAGACUUAUUUCUGCAUUUAAGGAUAAGUUCGUUCACAACCCUCGCUUUGAGCCUUGGUACAGGCAUGAGAUCGCCCCUGGCAUCAUCAGGAAAUACCGGCGGAAUCGAACGGAGACCCGGGGGAUCCAGUUUGAAGAUUUUGUGCGUUACCUGGGUGAUCCGAACCACAGAUGGUUGGAUCUUCAGUUCGGUGACCACAUCAUCCACUGGGUGACCUUCGUACAACUCUGCGCCCCCUGUGAGAUCACAUACAGCGUGAUCGGACACCACGAGACCCUGGAGGACGAUGCUCCGUACAUCUUAAAAGAAGCCGGGAUCGACCAUCUUGUGUCCUACCCGACCAUCCCUCCAGGCAUCACCGUGUACAAUAGAACCAAGGUGGAGCACUACUUCCUGGGGAUAAGCAAGCGAGACAUCCGGCGCCUGUAUGCACGUUUUGAGGGGGACUUUAAGCUCUUUGGGUACCAGAAACCGGAUUUCUUGCUAAACUGACACCUGGGACCUGUGCGUUCUAGUAUUUUUGUUGGACCAGGGGCUGACCAGGUGGAGAUCUGAGUUAGGACAGCCAGUCUCCCACACACCUGUUAGCACCUUGGCUUGUGAAGUGGGGCCCGACUGUUAUCACUUAGUCUGGGCAUAAGGUGAAUUGAACGGCCCCCAUUCCACCCCGACUGGUGUCAUUAGGAUGCCACUAUGUUUGCCCUCCUCAGAGGAAGAAAAAGACUAAAAAUGUGCAGCCUGACAGACCGGGAAGAAAAAUGGCACCAUGUCGGGAGUCGUUCACUCCGAGAGGUGGGCUCAGCCUGUGGCAAUCCAUGAUGGUCAGGAGGUGGCCUUGCCUGUCACAGGUGGACCUCAGCCGUGGCGCCCAGCACGUCCAGGUGGAAUAGGAGAAGCCAGUGGACGGCAGAAGUCGCAGGAGCUAACACCAGAUCAAACUCUAGUCAUAAGACGGCGCCUCUGCGUUCGUUUCAGCGCUGCUAGGAUCACGGAGGCCAAGCAGACGUUCCAUGUGGAUUAGUGUUUUCUUCUGAAUUUCAGUAAUGACCAAAGGGCAGUUGCAGGCAGAGCAUCUUCUCAGAAUACAUCCCUGUAUAACGCUAGUUCAUGCUUCCGAACCUCUGCCUGCCAAGCCGUUAUCUGGUUCCAGCCAAGAGAUCACAGUUUUGGAAAGUGAGGGGGUAUAUGUUUCCACCCAAGAAAGGGAACGUCUUCGGGGGCCUUAAAGGGAACAGGGCACGAUACACGAAGGCCUGGCGGGUUCCGGAGCUGAGGAUGUUUGCCGUGGAUUUGGGCACAUUGUCCUGACAGUUGUGCGGCCUCUUGGUCUCCCCUCUCUGGACGGGGCACGGGGGAGGUCUCCACCACCCCCUUCCAGGCACCCGCCCCAGGACCGAAGGCAAGCAUGGGCAGUAUGCCAGCACUGCAGAAUUGGGUACGGUUCACACACUUCAGUUUCCGUUCAUCUCAGCCUAUAGUCACCCCCAGCCAUUUCUCAUCAUGCCAUCAAGUUGGGUGAUUGAGUUCACCAGCAAUAAAAUCCUGGGCCGACGCAGCCACCAGGCCCCAGCGAGGAGCCAGCCACAGGUACCAUCUGACAGCGAGGGCCCCUGAGGGAGGGGGCAGUUGCCCUGUGGGGAGCCCUGAGAUCUCAGCCUUGAACAGGUGGUCCCAGGGCUGAGGGGCGGGAGCUGAGCGUUCCUUCUGGGCAGCCUCUCGACCUUUCAUUUUUCUCAGAGUAGCAGUGGAAAGAAAGCUUUCUGAGUUUGUAAAUGUGAAAACAAAAAUACGUGCCAAACCUGACUGUGCUGCAGCUCAGAGAAAGGUGCUCACGGCUCCGCAGGACCCCGAAAGCCUCAAGACGGGACAGGUGCGAGGAGGCCUGCUGGUCGCUGGGCAGCGGUGAGGAGGUGAGGCCCGGGUGACAGCAUCAGUGAAGCAGCAGUUACUGUCACGGCCACUUGUCCCCGACUGACACCUGAACCCAACUGACACCUGAAGGAUGUAACACUUGAGUUGUUUUUAUAUGAAGUUUUAGUGGAGUCUCAUUAAAUCAUUUCAGACCUAAUGAGCAGAUUGAUUUCCUAUUUGACAUGUAACAGUGUGGCUAAUGUAUGUGAAUUUAAGGCCUUAAAGUUAGUCCUAAUUAAAAGAAAAAAAAAAAACCAUUUCCUCUGGAAGGCAAAACUGUGGUCACCUGUUUUU